GGACACGUCGGACACGCCGCGGUGGGUAGAGGCAGGGACCCACCCCGUGUUCGCCAAACGCGAUCACGUGGCGCCAUCGGUCAUCGACUCGUCGGACCACCGCCGCCUGACGUACUACCCCAUCUCCCCGGUGCUACGACGAAACCAUCCAACCCGCCGUGUGCGCGCCCGCGCCCAUCCCUUUCGGACGCGUCUGGCGUCUCCACCGGCCCCCACCGCGGCACCGCCCUCGUUGCCCUCGUGCACGACGAACCCGCCGUCUCCGACUCGGCAACUCCCUCCCCGCCUCCCACCGUGGAAACCUUGUUAUAGAAAUCACGAAAAGGAAAAAAGAUUAGUUUUUCUCUGGCUCGCUCGCUUGCUUACCGGAUUGCGCCGCGGAGUUGGUGCUGGUUGCUGAGCCGAGACCCGGGCGGGCGCCGCCACCAACCCUCGGAGAGCAGGGUUCAAAGGGGCGGCGCGGCCGCGGUCCUCGGGCUUGCCGACCGACACCGAGUUCGCGCUGGGAUUCGGUAUUUCUGGUCGCCCAACCCCACAAAACCCACCUGCAUUUCCUCCUCGCUCUCACCAGCAAAACCCCCUCUUCCCCGCUCGGCUGGAUUGGAAGCUUGGGGUGUUGAGCUCGCCUUCGUCUGUGACGACGAGGGGUUGAACUAGUGAAGCGAAGCGGCGAUGGUGGGGAGCUACACGAACGGCGGUGCGGCGGCGGCGGCGGUCGAGGAGAAGCUGGAGGAGCUGCGGCGGCUGCUGGGGAAGGCGGAGGGCGAUCCGCUGCGGGUCGUCGGGGUGGGGGCCGGGGCGUGGGGGAGCGUCUUCUGCGCGCUGCUGCAGGACGCGUACGGCCGGCACCGCGACAGAGUGCAGGUGCGCGUGUGGCGCCGGGCUGGGCGCGCCGUGGACCGCGCCGACGCCGAGCGGCUCUUCGAGGUCAUCAACGCCCGCGAGGACGUGCUGCGGAGGCUCAUCCGCCGCUGCGCCUACCUCAAGUACGUCGAGGCGCGGCUCGGGGACCGCACGCUCCACGCCGACGAGAUCCUCCGCGACGGGUUCUGCCUCAACAUGCUCGACACGCCGCUCUGCCCGCUCAAGGUCGUCACCAACCUGCAGGAGGCCGUCUGGGACGCCGACAUUGUCGUCAAUGGGCUGCCGUCCACGGAGACCAAGGAGGUGUUCGGGGAGAUCGGGAGGUACUGGAAGGAGCGGAUCAGCCCGCCGCUGAUCAUCUCGCUGGCAAAGGGGAUCGAGGCGUCGCUCGACCCCGUGCCCCGGAUCAUAACACCAACGCAGAUGAUCAGCAAUGCGACUGGAGUUCCGCUGGGGAACAUUCUUUAUCUUGGAGGCCCAAACAUUGCUUCUGAGAUUUAUAACAAAGAAUACGCAAAUGCUCGCAUAUGUGGAGCUGACAGGUGGAGGAAACCUCUUGCAAAAUUUUUGAGGCAGCCCCAUUUUAUUGUAUGGGAUAAUAGUGAUCUCAUUACUCAUGAAGUCAUGGGCGGCUUAAAGAAUGUAUAUGCCAUUGGUGCUGGUAUGGUGGCAGCACUUACCAAUGAGAGUGCAACCAGCAAAUCAGUGUACUUUUCACUUUGCACGUCUGAAAUGAUAUACAUCACCCACCUCCUAGCGGAAGAACCUGAGAAACUUGCAGGACCUUUAUUAGCUGAUACUUAUGUCACACUGCUGAAAGGUCGUAAUGCAUGGUAUGGGCAGAAGUUAGCUAAGGGGGAACUGACUCUGGAAAUGGGGGACAGUAUCAAAGGCAAAGGGACUAUCCAGGGUGUUUCCGCAGUCAAUGCAUUUUAUGAACUCCUGAGCCAGGGGAGCCUAAGUGUGAUGCAUCCAGAAACCAAGAAGCCUGUUGCUCCUGUUGAGCUGUGCCCAAUACUCAAAACACUUUACAAAAUUUUAAUCAAGAGGGAACUUGCAACCGAUUCCAUCCUCCAGGCCAUACGAGAUGAAUCGAUGUCCGAUCCACGGGAAAGAAUUGAGAUGGCACAGCGCCAGUCUCUUUACCGACCAUCUCUUCUUGGCCUACCUAAAGGAGAUGCCAAGGCUUAGAUAUGUUCUUUCUUCCUGCAGUAUUCGCUGUGAGCUUGCCGGUGGUGCUGAUGCAAACUUACAUACUGGUCUUCAAGAUCAUUCUCUGCGUGCCCCCAAAUGUGUGGUGUGUUGUGUGCACACUAGGAGUUGGAUGAUGAGAUAUUUAGCAUGUCAGGAUAGAGUUCUUACUGCCCCCAAUUUCAAGUAGCUUCAUGUGCCUGACGUCCAUCUGUAUAUACAACCUGUUUCGAUUCAGUUUUAUUUGUUAUUGAUGGGAAUAAAGAUCUGUAUUUGUUGUGA